AUGUACGUACUGGGCAUCGCGAUAGCCUUCAUUUCUCUGACAGUGGUGGUUGUUGCUCUGCGACUGUUCACUCGACUGUAUUUCAUUCGCACCCCAGGUUGGGACGAUCUGCUGAUUGUCUUGUCCUUGAUUGCCGACAUCCUCUUUUUUGCAUUCCUAGUAAUCGAGAUCCAUUAUGGCCUGGGGAGGGAAGCGGCAACGCUGGAGCCAGAGAGAAUUCGGUCCCAGACGAAGGCUCUUUAUACUACCAUCAUAUUGUACAACUCGUCGCUCAAUCUGACCAAGAUCUCCAUGAUCUUGCUAUAUAGACGCCUCUUCCCGACCCAUCGCUACCAGAUCAUUCUUCUUAUCGCGCUCGCCUGUGUCGUCGUCACCGGCCUCUGGAUGGUCUUCAGCGCUGUCUUCUUCUGCAUCCCCGUCCAUGCAUUCUGGGAUCCCAGGGCCCCGCAGAACUGCCUGCCCAAGCCGGUGGUAUGGUGCCUCAACGCCUCUAUCCAAAUUGCCAGCGAUUUGAUCAUCGUUAUCUUGCCGAUGCCGGUCCUCGCCCAGUUACGGCUCCCAAAAAGACAGAAGGUCGCGCUGAUCGUGGUAUUUGCGCUGGGGCUUUUUGCCUGCGCGACUAGCGUGGUUCGUCUCGGCGCAGUAAUCCGACUGAUCAAUUCUAAUGAUCCUACCAGUAACGCCUACCCUUCUCUUCCUAUCCUCUCACACAUCCCCAAUAUCUUGCUUACUGUCGUCAUUAAAACAGAAUCCAACGCCCAGGCCGCCCUCUGGUCCUUCAUCGAGAGCAACGUCGCCAUAAUCAGCGCCUGUCUGCCUCCCCUCCGUCCUUUCCUGGCCUACUUCUUCCCACGUCUACUCCCCCCUCGCAUUCGUAGCUCUUAUGAGCGCGAAAAGACCACCUGCCAAACCCUCGACUUCUCCAACCCUUUCAACUUCACCAACACCAGCUACUCUGCCAGUGUCACGGGGAACGUCUCAAGCCACCAUAACAAUAUCAUUGGGGACGGGGAAUCCACGCAUUGUCCUCCUGAGUGCGAGAGUAUUCAUGUAGUCAGCGAGUUACAUUUGGAGACUGCCUCGGUUGACGCGGUUGAGGAUUCUCAUUCGUAUCAUCUGUCGCCGUUGUCAGUGUCGAAUUCGGUGUCGGACUGGUAG